AUGACGACGUUCGUCGAUCAUUACGUUGUAUUAGGUUUCCCAACUGGAUACGAUGGAGUCCUGCUUUCAGACAGAAAAAUCCGUUCAGGUCCUCACAAGACAUCCGACGAGAUGUUUAAAGACUUUCUACUUAAUAUCCCUGAUCUCGCUAUUCGUCAACAGGCCUUGAAAUCUUUCCGGGUUCUCACCGACAUGAAUUCCCGGCUAGUCUUCAACUACGACUUGUUAAACCGCUACGACAUCGACGCCGGAUUCCGAGAGCUCUGCGACAUCCACAAUGACCGGCUCCGAGAGAAGGAAGCAAAAUCCAUCAAUAUUAGUGUUGGAAACAAGCAGGCGAGCGCACAAUGGAGUUUGGCACCAAUUACCAUACCAGGAAAGAGCGAAGCAAUGGAGUUUGUGGAUCAUUAUGCGGUGUUGGGUCUUCCAACCGGCUAUGACGGAAUUCGGGUUUCUUUAAAAGAAAUCCGUUCCGGCUUCAUGAUCAAAGCAAGACGGAUGCUUAAUAUUCCCGUUAGUGUUAAGCAGCUCAUGAAUUCUUGCAGAGUCCUCUCUGAUGUGAAUACUCGAAACCUCUUCAACCUUGAGAUGCUGAGGACGCGAUUAAAACCCGACCUUGAUCACCUGCAGCGGAUCCUCCUUGAGGAAGGGCGAGGAACAACAACAGCAAAUCCUCCUCACGAUGAAAGCAUAAUAAGACCGAUGAAGAUGAGGCGGUUAUCGAGUUGA